CGGCGGCUAGAGCCCGAGUUGUUUGCGCGAGCCCGGACUGCGCGUCGCUCCAAGGGAGCGGGGUCGGCUGGAGCCCGGCUGCGCUGGGCUGUGCGGCCUGGAGGGAGCGCGGCCAGGUGGCGCGCCAUGGACGCGAAGGUGGGCGGCGGCGGCGAGGAGGAGGAGAACGUGGACUCGGGCGCCGAGACCGGAGGGUCUGACUACAGCCACCUGUCCUCCACCAGCAGUGAGCUUUCGGUGGAAGAGGCUCAAGACCCUUUCCUGGUUAGCAUACACAUCAUCGCAGACCCCGGAGAAUCCCAGCCGCUGCAGGAGGCCAUCGACAAGGUCUUGGCAUGGAUCCACCCUGACCUUCCCCUGUUCCGGGUGUCUGAGAGGCGGGCUGGGCGGCGGCGGAGGAAGCCCCCCAAGGGGGCGCAGCCAGCGCUGGCGGUGGUGCUGUUCCUGCAAGAGGAAUACGGUGAGGAGCAAAUCUUGCAGCUCCACCGCAUGCUGCAGCGGCCACCCUGGCGCCACCACCACACGGAGCGCGUGCAAGGCAGGUUCCUGCCCUACCUGCCCUGCAGCCAGGACUUCUUCACGCUGGCCCCCGGGACCCCUCUGUGGGCCAUCCGACCUGUGCACUACGGCAAGGAGAUCGUGCGCUUCACCAUCUACUGUCGCCACGACAGCUACGCUGACAGCCUCCAGUUGUAUGAGCUGAUCCUGCGCCGGAGCCCCAGCCAGAGGAAAGCGGACUUCUGCAUCUUUCCCAUCUUCUCCAAUCUGGAUGUAGACAUCCAGUUCUCCCUGAAAAGACUGCCCUGUGACCAGAACCCGGUGCCCACCGACUCCUCUCUGCUGGAGUUCCGAGUCAAGGACAUAGGCGAGCUGGUCCCUCUCCUGCCCAACCCCUGCAGCCCCAUCAGUGAGGGUCGCUGGCAGACCGAGGAUCACGACGGCAACAAGAUCCUUCUGCAGGCACACAGGGUGUACAAGAAGUUCCCCAAACCCAGCAGAGCACACUGCUCCUCCGAGAAGAAAGCUCACUCCACUCCUUCACCAAGCGCCACUGUACCAAGCCAUACAUCAAGUGGCAGCCAACCGUCCUUGCACAACGACCGUUUCCUGGGGCCUGGCCAGACAGGCCUGCCUAGUGGGCACCAGCAAGAAUUUGCCAGGCAAACCAGCAGCACCCCCAGCGCCCCCUGGUCUUUCCAGAGAAGCAAAUCCUUGUUUUGUUUGCCCACCGGAGGCCCCUCCCCAGCUUCCUCAGCUGAACCACAGUGGUUUUCAAACACAGAUCCGCCAGAACACAGGGUAUCGAACUGUAGGCAUAGCCACCUCCUCUCCAUCGAUGACUUAGAGGGUGCCCAGGAGACAGAUGUGGACACAGGCCUCCGACUCUCUUCCUCUGACCUGUCCGUAGUCUCUGCGUAUUCUGCACCCAGUAGAUUCUGCAGCACUGCAGAAACCUCCCUCCCCUCUGAAAAAUGCAGCAGCCGUUGGUCAACAUGGAAGGGGCCCCGAGAAGGACCGCUGCCUGCUGUCAGCAGGGUGACCACAGAGGCCUCCUGGGCUUCCCUCCCUUUCUUUACCAAAAGGUCUGCCAGAUGCUCAGUGAAAACUGUCUCUGCUCCCUCGGCUUCUAGUGCCUCCUCACUCACAGAGCCAUCCCCAAAGGCCUCUUGUGAUGCUCCCAAAGCCACACAGACUGGCCAAGAUGCGUUACCACCCCCAGAGUUGGCUGGUCCUAGGGAUAACGACAUGGAGGAGUUCUACAUCUGAACGUUUCUUGUUUUCCAAAUACAAAUGCUGACACCAAGACUCAGGUCCCUCCCCCCCCGCCCCUCUGCUCUCUGUAUACACCAGUGUUUCAGGCCUGCACCCCAGGUCAGCCUGGGACUUCAUUAUCCAUCUCAGGGGGAUCAUUAGCACAUUUGCCGUGCCACUUGUUUAUAGCUGAGAGGUGGUACAUUUCUAGGGACUCAGUGAGAAAAUAGAGACAUUUUUAUGCAAAUAAAUUCUCAACCAACUUCAGUCAUAAAAUAUAUUUUUUGAUUACUCAGUUUGAUACGUGGUUUAGUGCCCUUAUACAAUUUAAAUGCUUCAUAUAAUUAUUUGAAAUGAAAGGAAAACCUAGUCAGCCAGAGUCGAUCUGGCAAUUUUUCAUGCUGUGAAAGAAAAACAAUUAAAGCCAAAAUGUUGAAUGUGGGAAAGAUACUAAGGACUUGCAUGAAAGAUCAUUUCACAGUAAGAGAAUGCACACCUUAUUGGGUUCUCCAGUUAUUUACACUGCCAGGGAACAGUGGCCCUGAUUAUUUUGGACAAGUCAACUUAAUAAGACAGCUAUCAACAUCUAUCAGACUGCAGAACGCCUCACUUUGAAGUCACGCAACAGCUGAAAAUCUGGAUUUAUGCAAAAGUAGCUAAUGCGUUUUGUUAGAAUUUAGCAUGAUUAAUGGACUCUUGGUGCAUUUAAAAUGUGAUUUGUGUUCCAAAAACCUAGAUUCCUGUAUACCUUUUCAACAGCACAUUCACAGUAAUGAAUGAGGGGCCGCAGAAGACAACACUCUGGGUGGAUUUGGAUCAUUGAGGAGGACUUGUUCCUUAACUUUAAAGAAUAAGAGGAUAUUAGGUAUAAUGGGCUUACUAGUCUUUUACUUAAAAAGCACAAUCUAAGGGCUACAUAUAUGUCUUUAUCUAAAUAACAGGAGCCACACUUUAUACUGCUUUCUCCAGUAAGCACUUGUGGCCACACAUUCUAUGUUUUUCAUUUUUAACUAGUUUGGAACACUUUAGCUGGCAUUUUGAUUGCACAGAUGCACAAAAUGCCCCUCUCCCUCAAAUGGGAAACUAUACAAAACGUUGUCCUGAACAAACACUGGUGCACCACUAGCCUUUGGUAAGUGCAGGAGACCCUUAAUUAAAGCUGGCGCUGUCGCCCGACCUUGGCUUUUCCUGUCCGAUGUGUGCUCCUGUCACAGUGUGAAUGGUAUUUAAAUCCCCCUGUGAGGGUAUGUUUACAGUUCCAAACCUCAGCAAUGCCAAGUGCCAGCAUCCUGGGCCAUGCCAAGCUGUCCCUGGAUGCUGUUUAUCUUUGGGGAAGAAGAACAUGGAUCUGCAUUGUUCAUUUCCCAGCCGGGUGCUCCUUGCCUAAGUUACUCAUGGCACCGAUUUCAUCUCCCUGGAAGUACCCAGAUGCCAUUCGGAUACAGCCUCAGAAUCCUUCCCAAUACCGGCUUCCAGGCAGCCAUUACCUGCCAUCAGACCGAGUCACAGCCUCAGGCCUGCCGUCCUCGUAACAAGAGCCUUAGAUCCUGCCUCAGACAUCCUGGACUUCCCAGGUCUCCGACUUGUAAUAUUCUACUCCAGUGUAAAUAACAAAAAUGUAGUCUCUUUGAAUUGUGGACCAAGAAUAAGCAAACUUUUCUGAUAAAGGGCUAGAUCGUAAAUAUUUUAAACUUUGUCAGAUUUUAAACUUCUCAGUCUCUGUUGCACCUGCUGCCAUUGUAACAUAAAAAAUAAAAUGUAAAUGAACUUGAGUGGCUGAGUUGCAAUAAAACUUUAUUUACAUCCCAGUGGCUCUGGAGGCUAAGGCAAGAGGAUCACAAGUUCAAAGCCAGCUGCGGCAACUUAGCAAGGCCCUAAGCAACUCAGGGAGACCCUGUCUCUAAAUAAAACACAAAGAAAGGGCUGGGGAUGUGGCUCAAUGGUUAAGCCCCUCUGGGUUCAAUCCCUAGAACCAAACAACAACAACAACAACAAAAACCUUUAUUUACAAGGAUAGGUGAUAGGCCAGAUUUGACUCAACGGUGGUAGCUGGCCAACCCCUGCUGGCCAACCCCUGAGCUAGCCUCCUACCUACAGUUGAUUGAAGAUUCUAGCCACAGUCAACAGCAAGAACCUAAGUCUUCACCCACUGCUUCUGGGGGUUGUAACAGCAAGAAAAUGGGCUACUCGGGUCAAGCCAAUGAUUACAGAACCACCGGACGUAGAACAAUAGGGGCUUCUUACUGCACAGCCAGUUUCUAGAAAACUACUCCCAGUCUACCUCCUGCCUGGAAAUAUGACGUGAAGUCCGUAGCUGAUGGUGAAAAGUAGUACGCUAACAUCAGAUGGCAGAGAAAAGAUAACUUAGAGACAAUGACAUCACCUCCAGUGAACGGGAGAGAAGCUCCUCGGUAGCAAAAGUUAACGAGGCAAAAAAAAAGCGGACCAGCUGUCCAGUGAUGGCUCCCAUCUUCAUCUUUAGUGGCUCCCCCAUUUUAAAACACUGGUUGUCCCACUGGGGUUACUUUAGAGCUCAACCCCAUGCUAUCUGGUCCCACCCUUUCUCAGUGCCCCACCCUCCUCAUGGUCCAGUCUACCAAACUGAGUGACCCCUAAAGAUGUCCAAGACACCCUUCGCAAAUGCCCCCAUAACACAAGGAGAGAAGGGAAGGGAAGACAAGCCCAUUACAGACUCCACGCACACAUGCCUGUGCUGUACUCGGGAAGUGGCAGUCACUCUGAAGAGUGAAAGGCACAUGUUUUAAAAAAAUGGAAGACUGUGGCUUCCAUUUCUGGCUGUACCACCAGCAUUUUCCCCAUCCAAAAGCACUCCUGACAGCACUGGAUCCUUACUCUUGGAGUACUAUCCCUGUAAUAGAGGCUGGCAUACUGUAGAUGUGCAGUAAAUGUGUUCAAUUAAAAAACA